GCCUGGUUCACCUUAGACAUAUUCUUCCUGAUAACAGGAUUGGUGUCCAAUACCGCCUUGCUGUUGCUGUUUCUAAAGGAAAGGAAAUCCAUAUCUGCCUCAAUGGUCCUGGGUUUGAAUCUUGUAGCGAUGAAUCUCAUGUUUAUAUGCACAGUGCCCGCGCGAUUCUUUAUACCGCCGGAAUUGCAAGGAAAUGAAACUGUCACACUCACACCCAACAAUACAUAUCUACUGGAUAAGGUAACAGACAGCUGCAGCAUGUUCAACACGAUUGGCUGCCCCCUGCUGUUGACCUGCAUGUGUGUGGAGCGAUACCUGGCGGUGGUGAAACCGGUGCUGUACAUGAGAGUGAGGAAGUGGGAGUACCGGAUGGCUGUGAGUCUUGUGGUGUGGGGAGUCACCUUGCUCUUCAUUCUGGGCACAAGUAUACUGACAGAUGUUGGCAUCAUCUUGACAUCUGUCCCCAUCAUCAUCGCCUGCCUCUUCAUCGUAAUGCUCGCCUGCCUUGGGAGAAUGAUCUGGUCGCUGAUGCAGAAGAGCCCUGCCCACACCACACAUGCAAACCGAGGCCCUGAGUCAGCACUGAAGAGACAGGCCGUGUAUAAUGUACUGGUUGUGGUUGUGCCUGCAGUCAUUUCUUACCUCCCAGUCCUGGUGAUAAUUCCCUUUGAAAUAUACUUUUCCUCCAAUUUAACUCCAUCUUCUUUGAACUUCUGUAACAUAUUUGAAUUAUCCAGUUUAUUCCCCAGGUUUGGCGUAUUCAUCGGUCCCAUGUUCUAUUUCUCCAAGGCGAGAAAAUUGUGCUGAGUCACACACUCACCGGCCACUUAAGUAGGUAAACCUGUUUGACUAUUUGUAACGCCAUGUAUUCAGGCAUGAUUAUAACCGGGCAUCAGAAUGGGAAGGACAGGAAUCUUGUGACAAACAACGUGACCUAAAAUCACGUCUGUUAACACCUCAGUGAAUGCAUGUGAAAAGUGGAGCGUGCGUGUAUUUCUAGUUCUACAUCAUAGAUCACAGAGAAUCAAAAAUGGUGGACCUGCCUGUUCGUUGUUAGCUCCACCUGAGGAGGCAGGAGUUGUGACUAAUACUAAAAUAAACCAUCAUGUUUUGAAGGAAUUGUCGCGGGGCUCAUCCCCCUGUUGGGCUUUUGAAGGUACUGCAGGUGGAGCCCAAGAGUUGGUUAAAAAUAAAUAAAUAGCUUUUGAUUGUCAGUCUUGUAAUUAAGCGACGAACGACUGUAACAUUUAAAAUACAUUUUAAAAAGGAAACUUAUACAAACAUACUUACUGAUCGUAUAUUUAAUCACUGCGAGUUAAUCCAGUAAAUAAUACACGCUUGAAUUUUCAAUGACCUUUGACUCUUCCUUUAUCUGACCUUUUGAUUAACCUGGGGGGACUUUUUAGACUCACAAGUGUCUCAGGAUUUGCUGCUGACCUUCUUCACAUUGAGACUAAAAUACACCUCUCAUAACCUUGCAAUGUCCAGGGUCAGCCAUGAUGGAGCAGUGACGACGCAUUAAAAUAGGGAAACAAUCAAACUUAGCUAAUAUAAAUAAAUUAAUUAGUGCCGUUUGUAAAACUGUAAUAUACAUUUAUUUUUCUGUCCAAGUGAUUGAGAUCGUGGACUUGUGCGAGGAAAAUGUGAUACUGUUAUUAUGAAGUGAGAAUCAGGCUACAUUUACACUACUAUGUUUUAAUUUAGAGAAAAAAUAUUUUUUCUAAUGAGUUUUAUUUCAGUUUUAAUACUUUAUUCUAAUUUAAAGUCCUUUUUGUGCUUUUCUAAUAUACAGUUCUAGUUCGACUCGAGUCUAAUCUCCUCGUCACUUUUGCUUUUCCAUUAGGGAUAGUAUCUGGUACCUGGUGCUGUUUUUGACACCAGGUUUUUUUGUGAGGUUCCGUGCGAGCUGUGAGGGAAGUACUGAACUAAUCGUUCUAAUUAAAUGAUUCCAAUCGCUUGUGGAGGAGGGACUCUAGUCACAGAAAACGAUACCAAACUGAGUAGAGUCGAGCCAUGCUGGAAAUAUAUCAUGUAGCCAGGGGAUAUUUGUUUUUUUGCAGUCUCGUAUUAUUGCCUUCUUCAACUUGUUUCUCAUCUCCUCCUCAUCAUCUACUAAUUCUCUGCUGUUGAUUCCACUUUCAAUAUCCACCUAAAACGAGCCAAAUAGGUUCAGUGUUUAUAAAAAUAAGGCAAAUGGUAUAGG